UCCUCACACCAGUCGACCCAUCUUGCCAGCCCAGCCGUCAAGAUGAGUUUUAUUCAGAAGCGCGGUCUCUCGACCCUCAUUCCUCCCAAGGUUGCUUCUCCCAAUGCUAUUGGAGCAUCUCCCAAUGCCGUCCGCAUGCAGAAAGUCGUGAGCUUCUACGAGAAACUGCCCCGUGGACCGGCUCCCGAGCGUGAGGCCAAGGGCCUUUUUGGACGUUACCAGAAGGCGUACUUCGGCAAGAAUGCCUCCGCGAAGCCCCUCGUUCACGCUAUCGUCGUCCUUACUCUCCUUGGUUAUGCGCAGAACUACUAUUUCCAUCUGCGCCACCACAAGAACAAUGCUCAUUAGACGGAUGCGAUACCACAUGACAGAGGCCGAUCGGGUUAGGCGUAACCGGCAUGUGUACAUAUAGCAUGUAGCAGUUCAAUCUCAUAGGUUUAUGAGCCUUCAUCCACUUCUCCGUGUGGUCUGUACGAUUGCUUCGCAUUGUUUCGUUGGCUAUGGCUGUCCUGGC